ACUCUAGGAAAUGAAUCUCAAAUUGUUGUUGUAUGCAAUUAGUAAAAAACUCUUUUGUCCAAAGAGAAACCGUAAAACUGAAACAAGGAGCAUACGGCAGUGCAAGAUCCACUCUCAGGCAUCACACAUUCUACUCUUCGUCGAUCUUAUUGCUUCAAGUAAAUGGUGGAUCAGGAAGGGGCAACCAAUGGGUCGGUAGAAACAACAGCAGAAGAUAAUUUAAAGUUGGUUAAACAACUAGCUGAGAUGAAUUCGGAUGAAUGUCACCCCAAGGAGAAUGGGGUUUUUGAUCCUUAUGAUUCUUGCCCUAACAGUACUCAUGAUCAGCUUGUCCAGAUGAUUAUCGAGCUGAAGUUUCAAAACGAAUAUUUUAAAUCUCAGAUCAAGGACCUUCAAAUGCAAUAUAUAGGCACAGAAUCAACUGGAUCUUCCCAACAAUAUCAAAAACCUGAACUGGAUAAUAUAUCAUUAGGUGAUGUGAAGGCUUUGCAGGAAAAGAUAGAGUUGUUGAAUAGAGAAUUACUAGAAGAAAAGCAAACAUGUAAUGCUGCAGAAGUGGCCCUGAGCCACCUGAGAGAAUCAUAUUCUGAGGCAGAUGCUAGAGCCCAAGUGCUCUCAGCUAAACUUGCUGAAGCUCAACAAAAGAUGGAGAAGGAAAUCAAAGAACGUGAUGAUAAAUAUUCGGAGCUUGAUUCCAAGUUUAGCAGGCUUCAUAAAAGGGCAAAACAGCGUAUUCAAGAUGUUCAAAAGGAAAAGGAUGAUUUAGAGGCACAGUUCCGUGAUGCGAAUGAAAAAGCAGAGCGAGCUUCAUCCCAACUUUCAGCACUACAGCUAGAGCUAGAGCGUUCAAGGAAACAAGCAAAUGAAGCAUUGAAAGCUAUGGAUGCAGAGAGGCAACAAUUAAGAAGUGUGAAUAAUAAGCUUCGAGAUAACAUUGAAGAACUUCGUCAUUCAUUGGAACCUAAGGAACAUGCUCUUGAGGCACUGCAACAAUCACUUUUGGAGAAGGAACAGAUGUUGGAUAAUAUGAGAGGGUUAUUACAAGCCACUGAGGAAAAACGACAAGCUUCUGUGGCUGAGAUCACUUCCAAACAUCAAAAGCAUGUAGAAAGUCUGGAAAUGCAACUUGCUGAAGCAGUGUCUGAGUCAAAUAAGGCAGCAGAAACUGUCUCUUCUUUACAGGUAUUAGUUGCUGAAAAGGAGUCAAAAAUUGCUGAAAUGGAUGCUGCUAAAUCUGGCGAGUCUGCUAGACUGAAAGCUGCCAUUGAGUCUCUUAAAGGAGACUUUGUCCAUCAGAAGCAAGAACAUGAGAAAGAAAGAGAAAGCUGGGAAGCAACCUGCAAAGUCUUCAAAGCAAAACUAGAGACUGCUGAGAGCAGUCGCGUACGGGCCGAAAUAGAAGCUGCUAAAAUCAGGAGUCAGCUUGAAUUGCAGCUGUCUGAACAAGCUCAAUUAAUCAAUGAUAAAGAUUCUGAAUUAGCAGCUUCCAGGGAACAGAUCAGUCGACUAGCAGCUGAAUUUUCUUCGUACAAACUCCGUGCACACUCCCUCCUUCAGAAGAAGGACGCAGAUCUAGCAGCAGCGAAAGACUCUGAACAAAUCAAAGCUCUAGAAGAAGCAUUAAAAGAGGCCGAGAAUGAAAUUUCAUUGGUAUCUAUAGAGAGGGAUAAGGCUGUCAAUGAGCUUCAAGCUGCUUUAGCUAAUUAUGACAAAGAACUUUCAGCAAGAGAUGCUGCUCUUAGGAAUUCUGAUCAGAAAAUAAAGAACUUAGAAGCAAAGCUUGAUUCUCAUACUGUAAAAUACCAAUCAGAAAAAGAUGCUUUGGAACUGAAACUGCGGGAUUUAGAAGAAAUGUGGCACGGGAAGUAUGAAGCUUUGAAAGCUGAAAAAGAGGCAUCUGUUGCGCCAGAUAUGCAGACAGAAAUAGAAGAACUCAAAUUGCAAUGUAGUAAAUUGAAAGAAGAGCAUGAUUCGUUUCAUGAUCUUGCUGACAGAAUGCUUGAAGAUAAGGACAAAGAGAUUUCAAGGCUUUUGUACGACAACAAUAAACUUCAACGCGCUUUAGACUCAGAACUCAAAGGAGGUGAUGAUGAUACUCGUAGCAGAGCCUCACAAAAACAAGAUACCUCAAGCACUUCUACUGCAGAACAGCAGAUUCUGAUGUUGGCUAGGCAGCAAGCCCAGAGAGAAGAAGAGUUAGCUCAGUCACAGCGGCACAUAUUAGCACUUCAAGAGGAACUUGAGGAGCUUGAGCGUGAAAAUCGGCUCCACAAUCAACAGGUUAGCAUGUUAAAGGAAGAACUCCGAAGCAUGGAUAGAUCACGGAAGAGGGAAGGGGUGGAUAUGACCUACCUAAAGAAUGUUGUCUUGAAGCUUCUUGAAACUGGUGAGGUGGAGGCUUUACUGCCAGUAAUCGCAAUGCUUCUACAAUUCAGUCCCGAUGAGGUCCAGAAGUGUCAGCAAGUCUACCGCAGUUACGCUGAUGCAUCUGCUAGCUCGGAAAAUGAGGCAUCCAGUCGCUCGCUUUUCUCAAGAUUCUCAUUUGUCUGAGUUGUAAGCGAAUACACAAUCAAGUGAAGUUUCUGCCUGAGAAGAUUGUGGAAUCAAUGAAGUAAAAUGUCAUGCUGCAAAUUUUUGUAUUUUUUAUUUAAUUUUUGAUGUAUAUCUUCCAUCUGUAAAAUACCAAAAUCAUUUUUUUACUGUUCUUUUCCGAAAAAUACCCGUAUAGAUCACCAGGACAUUAAAUAUAGAGUUUACAUCAUUAGAGUAUAAUCUUGUAUUUGUUUCAAUUUCUACCUUAUGCUUUACGCAAUUCAAUGUGAGAAGUUUAUGCUACGAAGUAGUA